UGCUCGGUGUUUACGGAGACGAAGAGGAGAUGGCAACGAUUGUGGAUAAUGGAGCUUCUCCGGCUGGGACGAUGGUUUCUAACACUUCAGACAGUCCGGUGACAGCAGAAGAGGUUGCUGCUCAAAAAAGAGAAGAACGGCUUAGAAAAUUCCGAGAACUUCAUUUGAAAAGGAAUGAAGCCCGCAAGUUAAAUCAUCAGGAAGUUGUGGAGGAGGAUAAAAGGCUGAAGUUACCAGCCAAUUGGGAAGCAAAAAAGGCUCGCUUAGAAUGGGAAUUGAAAGUGGAAGAAAAGAAAAAGGAAUGUCUGGUGAAAGGGGAAGAUUAUGAGAGAGUGAAGUUGCUAGAAGUUAGUGCAGAAGAUGCAGAACGGUUUGAGAGGAAGAGGAAGAAGAAAAAUCCUGAUCUUGGGUUUUCAGACUAUGCAGCUGCUCAAUUACGCCAAUAUCAGCGGUUGACCAAGCAAAUUAAACCUGACCUGGAGAAGUAUGAAAAGUUAAGAGAAGAAAGUGGUGAAGAUUUAUUUCCAACUUCAAAUAGCUUACUCCAUGGAACUCAUGUGCCCUCCAAAGAAGGAGUUGAUAAAAUGGUUUCAGAUCUUGAAAAACAAAUCCAAAAACGUGAAAAAUACAGCCGGAGACGUUCUUACAAUGACGACGCAGAUAUUGACUACAUUAAUGAGCGGAAUGCUAAGUUCAAUAAAAAGGCAGAGAGGUUCUAUGGGAAAUACACUGCAGAAAUUAAACAGAAUUUGGAAAGAGGAACAGCUGUCUAGACUGAAAAGUUCAGGAGGCCGGCUCUGCUUUCUCAGAGUCUGGCUUAUCUAAAGCCUGUGUGUAAAAUAUGCUUUACAAAGAGGAAGUUAAAGCAUGUUCUAAUACUAGAAUGAAACUUGUCCAAGAACAUUACUCUUCUAUCAAAGGGUAUAUUAGAAAACAGUAACAACUGUAAUUGUAGAAAACCAAAGUAUUUGAAGUUAUGGUUGGUGAGCCCAUUGGUUUUUUUUUUAAACAAUGAGAAUCUGGAAUCACAAAUCCAGAUGUUUCUUUUAAUGUUCCUGAGGUUUAUUUGAAAGGCAUUGCCUUUGUUGUUAGUUAAUAUGGUAACUAGGAGCUGUAGUGUAUAAAGCUGUUUUUAAAUUGC